CCCCCUUGUGCCUGGCCAGGGUGGGGUCGGCUGAAAUAGAGGCGGGCAUGUGGCAGUAGUAGAGCUACCCCGGGCCAGGUAGAGCGGCGGGAGGCUGCGCUGAAGCCAGCGGAGUUGUCGCCGGGCGUGUGGGCUGGGUGCGAGCGCCAGGGCAGCGAUCCCCUAGCCCCAGGCAGCGGCAGCAGGGGGAGGUUGCGGGCCCGCUCCGGGGGGAUCCCACUCGGCCAUGGCCACUCAGGUGCUGCCCAUGAGCGCCCGCUUGGGUCCCAUGCAGCAGCCCGACGAGCCGGUGUUCGCUCAGCUCAAGCCCGUGCUGGGCGCCCGGGAGGCGGCGAUGUUCACUGGGGAGGAUCUGAAGCAGCAGCAGCAGCCGGGCGGCGGGGCCAGGAUCCCGGCGGAGGAGAUGGUGCAGACAAGAUGUGAAAUGGAGAAAUAUCUGGCACCUCAGCUUCCACCAGUUCCUGUCAUCCCUGAACAUAAAAAAUACAGAAGAGACAGCGCCUCAGUUGUAGACCAGUUCUUCACUGACAGUGAAGGGUUGCCUUAUAGUAUCAACAUGAAUGUCUUCUUUCCUGACAUUACUCACCUGAGAACUGGCCUAUACAAAUCCCAGAGACCAUGUGUUACCCACAUCAAGACAGAACCAGUUACCAUCUUCAGUCAUCAGAGUGAAACUACUGCCCCUGCCCCCACCCCCACUCAGGCUCUCCCUGAGUUUACCAGCAUCUUCAGCUCUCAUCAAACUCCCGACGUGAACAACAUUUUCAUCAAGCAGGAGCUUCCUACUCCAGAUAUUCAUCUUUCUCUCACACCACAGCAGGGCCAGUUAUAUCAGCUCUUGAGUUCACCGGAUUUAGAUUUGCCCAAUUCUACUGCUCAGGCAGCAGUAAUGGACUCUCUUAACAAUGUUUCCAUGUCAUCAGCCAUGGCAGGCCUUAACACUCUCUCCUCAGCUAUUCCACAGACUACAAUAAAACAAUUCCAGGGUAUCCCCCAAUGCACAUACACAAUGCCAAAUCAGUUUCUUCAACCACAGGCCACUUACUUCCCUCCUUCACCCCCAAAUUCAGAGCCCGGAAGUCCUGAUAGACAAGCAGAAAUGCUACAAAAUUUAACUCCUCCUCCAUCCUAUGCUGCGACUAUAGCUUCCAAGCUGGCAGUCCAGAAUCCAAAUUUACCGGUGGCCAUGCCAAUAAAUCCACAGAACAUCCAGACAGUCAGAUACAAUAGAAGGAGUAACCCAGAUCUGGAGAAGAGACGUAUCCACUACUGUGAUUAUCCUGGCUGCACAAAAGUUUAUACAAAGUCUUCCCACUUAAAAGCUCACCUGAGAACUCAUACUGGGGAGAAGCCAUACAAAUGCACUUGGGAUGGCUGUGACUGGAGAUUUGCUCGUUCAGAUGAGUUAACACGCCACUACAGGAAGCACACAGGGGCCAAACCUUUCCAGUGUGCUGUGUGCAAUCGUAGCUUCUCUCGCUCUGACCACCUGGCUCUGCACAUGAAGAGACAUCAGAACUAAACGUUGGGUUCGACGUGGAGGCUGUCUGUAUCUAUCUAUGCAAUUUCCCAGUGACUCUCAACACGUGGUUAGAAUUUAGUUUUAAUUUUUGACUAAUGACUAUCCAUAAAGUCUCCAAAGAAACUGGAAAUGUAUAUUUUGUAUAUUUAUGAGGAAACAGGGAAGACACUGUACCACAGUACCAGAGUGUUCAGUCAUUUAUUUUGUUUGCUCUGAUCAUGUAUAUGGCUUUAGUCAGCAGGUUUCAUCUCAAGUAUUAUGUUUCAGCACGUUGCAUCAUUAUAGAUUAUUUUCUUACGGUGUUUUGACCAAAGCACUGUCAUUAUUGUGGCAAUGUUUAGUAAAUGAAUUAAUGGGAGGGCAUAGACGAAUUAACACAGAGGACAAGCCAUGAAUUGUAGUCUGUCAGGUUUUUACUGGACAUAUUUAGUACUUGUGUGGUUUUUUUAAAAUGUUGUCUUUCUGUGCAGAUAAAAUAUAUAGAAAAAUUCAUAAACAGCCAUAGAACAAAAAGUUUGUUCAGUAUGUUGCAUGUUUGCUAUGACAACGAUUUUGUAAAUAUGCAAAUCAGCUUUUUAGGUUUUAUUACAAAAGUUUUCUAGGAAUCCUCUGAAAAUUCAGAUGUACAUUUGAAAAUAUGGCACAUUUUCAAUUAAAUUUAUUUAAAUACCUCUCAAAACAUUACCAACUUAGUUUCAUUUUCUGAAGAAAAGUGAACUAGCCAUUCAGACAUUUUGUACCUGUUAACAUAAAUGUUGUGCACUGAAUAUUCAAAACAGGAUUGAGUUUUCAGAAUGCUUAAAAGGGCAAAACAUUUAGAAUGAACUGCAAAUGUUGGAAGCUUAAAUAAUGAGGAUAGUUACAGUAUACAGAAUGUUAAACCUCUUACUAUAAGCUAAACUUAGUAUCACUUUAAAAAGAAGGAUUUAGGAUGCAAUUUUCAUAGACUGACAUGUUAAGCUGGUUUAGCACCUGUAUGAUCUAGUUUCAUGUGGAUGUUGCAUGUAAUUUACCAGAAGGUAAAGGAUACAGUAAUUUUAUUUAAAAUUACGGUGCAAUUUAGUUAAUCCACUGUUAACAUUGACACACACUGGACAAAAGUCACUGCUGACAUAAAUAGAUGCAACUGAAGUCAAAGGAGUUCUGCCCUUUUAUGCCAACAGUGAAUUUAGUCGACAGCAUUCUGUCUGGAAAUAGGAAAUGAAGGGCCAAAAAAUGAGGUUACACUUUGUAGGACUUGGCCGAAGUAUCUACAACAUAAAGGAAACAACUAAUACACAUAUGCAAUUCACAAACUGUGAUUUCAUGAUGUCAACCAAUAGGUGGAAUGAACAACCAAAAAGCCAAAAAAGGGUCUCAAAGGAAAACAUAGCUUUGUUAAAACUGUUGUCUGUCUUUUUAUUUAUUUUGUGGUACAUGGUAGACAUUUUUUAAGACCAUUUUACAUACACUUGAUAAAUUAUAGUUUUUGUUUGUUAUAGAUAGAAACAUUGCUCUUAAUUGUAAAUAGUUGACAAAUGAUGUAAAUAAUUUUGUAAGGCUUCAAAUGUUUAUACAUGGAAACACAUGCAGAAAUUGGUUACUGUUUUGCUUCUUUUUCCCUCCCCCCCCAUAUUUUUGUAUUUGUGGUAUUUCCUAUGCAAAUGAUGGAGCAAACAGCUGUAUAGUUGUAGAAUGUUUUGAGAGAGAAUGAAAUGGUUUAUAUAUAAAGACAAUUUUUUGGAAAAUAAAACAAAGUGCCUAAAAUUAA